AAAAAAAAAGAAAAAAAAACAGUAAAAAGGUGGUAUGACCAUUAAUCUAAAUAACAAACUGUUAUCCAGCAACAUAUUUCCGAAAGUGACUGUUUCACGAAUGUCGUGAUGCUGUUCAGCGCCGGUCAAGACAGGGACUUACAAGCCCGUGUUCAACUCAUAACGCGGGUUCGUUCGUUACAACCAACCGACCAUGUUUUACCAACGCCUUACUUUCAAAUGGACCCAACUCAGGGGACCAUUAUUUUAGGAAACAACCGGUUCUUUCAUUUAGAUAACAUACUACCGUUUGACUGUCCACAACAGGCAAUUUUCAAGGGCUAUGUUGAACCAGUUGUUAAUGCCUGCUUUGAUGGUUUUAAUAUAACCGUUAUUGCUUAUGGCCAAACUGGCUCAGGAAAAACAUUUACAGUAUUUGGUCCUGGAUUACUUUACACAAUGAAUGAAUCUGAUUUUGGAAUGGUCCCACGAACUGUUCGUCAUCUCUUCUACAAAGCUAAGGAGUUCCCAGGCAGACAAAUUUCUAUACAAGCAAGUUAUUUAGAAAUUUAUGAUGAAGAAAUUCAUGAUCUCUUGAGUGUAGAACCAUUUCAUGGAGAAAUCACAGUCCAAGAAGAUCAAAAUGGGGAAACUAUAAUAACUGGUGCCACGCGCAUGGAAUGUCAUACCAUUGAUGAUGUCUUUAGCUGCUUAGAAACAGGUUUGGCUUUAAGACACACUGGACCAAUGCUAAAUCAACUUUCGAGUAAAUCACAUGGAAUUUUUACUCUCUACAUGCAGCAGGCAUGGAUACAAGAUGGAUGCUUGUAUGAAGUAUGUUCUAAACUUCAUUUUGUUGAUUUGGCCGGCUCGGAGAGGCUUGGCCUAGGCGUUACGAGCAACCACGGGAACAGUGACGUACAACUCAGUGAAUUCCAGGAGCCGUUCUCGAUUAACUCUGGCCUUCUUGCACUAAGUAAUGUCACUGCUGCAUUGGGUGAUCCUAGAAGAAAAGCUAGCCAUGUGCCUUAUUGGGAUUCAAAGUUAACAUACAUUCUGAAAGAUUCAUUGGGAGGAAACGCCUUUACGCUGAUGAUUGUGUGCCUUUCCCCUUCAGCCUCCCAUUUAGAAGAAACGGUAAACACGUUGAAGUUUGCAACUAGAGCAGCCAACAUUUGCAAUCGUCCAGUGGCGAAUGUUCGUCUCACUCCUAUAGCCAAUAUACCAAUGUCGAUGAUGGGCAUAAACUAUCGACAAAAUUCUAGCGAUAUGCCAGAUUUUGUCACACCCCGUAUGACUCCAAAAUUCCAGCAGCAAAAUGGAACCCCUUUUAGCUAUCAAACGAAUGUUAUCAAUGAUGUGAACGAAAGCCGGUCAGCGUUGCAUGAACAAGAAGACGAAGACGAGCUUUUCAGGUUACGGUUUGCAGCGAGCCAGUGGCAGUUACUGGUGGCAAAUGCCGAAACUCUUUUAAACGAGUUGGCUGUCUCUGGUUUAUUAGGAGAUGAUACAAAAAACAAAAUUGAAUCUUGGCUUUGUCUUAAAGAAGAAUAUGCAAAUUGUAUUGAUCCCGACCUAUUGGCGAUUAAACCACGAACCAGAGCUCAAAUAGAUUACAGUGGUAGUCAGUCAGCGGAUUUGCCCAUAGCACCAAGUGCAUUUCAAACGAGUGGGGAAUCCAAAACGCUGCACGUCAUUGAAGAGGUAUCAGAACCUACUCCAACCCGUGAGCUAUCGUCCGAACUUAGCGAUAGGCAUGAGCAUCUAUCCAUUGAAUCAUCAUCCGAUGGUUCCCACUUUGCAGAGCAACUCGAUAUGCUGAGACAGCAAUUUCGAGAAACGACUGAUCGUUUAAUAUGUAGUAUCGAGUCAAUGUAUGAUAAUGCAGCGUCUUUGGAAUGGGGACCAACAAAUCCAGUUGAUGUUACUCCGCACUCGGAGCUUGGCCGUGAUCAAUCAAAUAGCAAUUACAAAAGUGCAAAUUCAAGCCCCAAGGCUGCGAGAACUGGCAGAAGAGUUAGUAUUUUCGGCCCUUCAAAUGUAGUGGAUCAGCAGCCAUUAAUAGGAGAAUCUCGUGCAUCAACACCGGAAUCAUUCGGUGGCACAUCACCUACUCGUCCGAUUGAAGGAAGUCUGAAAGCCGAAAUUGAGACUACGAACGAUGACUGCCGAGAAAUGCGGAAUUCUGCGGAAAUUUCUGAAAAGCGCCAGCUUCUAACCUGGAAAACAAACAAACAGCUUAAAAAAGCACACCAAACUCUCGAGGAGCUAAAACGAACAGUUUCGUUGAAGGAGGAAUACUUAGCUAGUCGUCAAGACGGCAGAGAGAAUGAACAAGUAAAAACUCAGCUCGAUAAAAGUCAAACAACGUUAAAGCAAGGUACUUGUGAUCAGCCGUCCGAUUUGGAGGUUGCCUAUCGUCAGAGAAAACAGUCAGAAACGAAUAGCGACGGUAGCAUAGAGGAGAGCGAUAAUGUGACGGAUGGUGAACGAAGAAUCGGUCAGCAACGAGCAGAGAUUAUUCGCUUUGAGCACUGCUUAAAAAAUAUGGCAGAGUUAUUAGAUCUCACUGCUCGAGCCCCACGAAAAGUUGGUGAGCUGGAACGCAGUUUAUCCAUAAUGAAGGACCAGCAAUCUGUUCUGAAAGAGCAGCUUCGGCACGAGAAUGAGAAAAAAAGGGAAUUGAAGCAAGAAAUAGAGAAAGAUCAAAUGCGCAUAGUAGAACUUGAACGUCAGCUCCAAGAACAACGAGUUAGUUCGGAAAUGCGUUUCUUAGAAUUAUGUGGUGACAAAGACGGCAGCCCAGGCGAAUCUGAACUAGAACAUAAGUGGCGCUGGCUAGUGGCAGAAGAGGAACGUCUGGUUGAAUUGCGGACGGCCAUUACGUGGCGCUCCGAAGAACUGGAGGAAAAAGAAAAUAGCCUUGAAAAGAGGGAAAUUGCGCUCGACAGAUCGAAAAAUCAUAACGAAAUCGAUAAAAUGAACACGCUUACAAGCGCGGAUAUGGGAACGAAGCGAAAAAAGGAUACGGAAUCGUGCGAUAAAACUGUUCAAACGUCAACCAGUUCGUUCAAGUGUAAAUUGUACGACGUUCAUUCAACGUGCGGAAGCGAUAACGUGACAGACAAAGAGGCCAUAAGAAAAGAAAUUCGCAAAAUGAGGCACACCCGCGAUUCCCUGGUUCAACAGCGACAAGAACUCGAUGAGAGGCAACAUAGGGGACGUGAUUUAGAUGCCAGCGAAGAACGUCGCCUAUUAGAGUUGGAUGAGGCAAUCGAAGCUGUGGAUGCAGCAAUCGAGUACAAGAAUGAAGUCAUCUGCAGUCGACAUUACGAAUUAAAGAGUUCAACGGAAGAUGGCCUCUUGUGUAGGCUUAUGAGUUUAACUCACACAGAAACACGUUCUCUCUUGUGCAAGUACUUUCAAAAAGUGAUCGACUUACGGGAAGGCUCCAAAAAAAUGGAACAGCAAUUCGCAGAGUUGGAGGCUCAAUUUGAAGACCAAAGUCGCUAUGUCCGGAAAUUGUCUGCAGCUCUGAAACACACCCAGUUGGAGAUGGAGAGGCGUCAGCCGUCCUCACAUCAGCGCAAUUACGAGCACAAAGCCCACACGGUUCAGAGGCAACUCGACCAUGAUUCCAGUGCUGGUCGGGGCGAUGGCGACAGAAACUUCAGUCAAGUCGAUGAAGAUUCCGAGUAUCAAAACAGCCGCGAUUUGCGAAAGCAACUUCGUGAUCUGCUAAGCGUCACGCCCAGACAUCGAACAGGAGGCAACCAUAACGCUGUCUCGGGUGUUGUGCCGGUCGCUUCUGAGCUGGCACCAAGUGUGUGCAGCAGUCGUACUCCUAGUCUACUAGGUCUCCAGGCUGUUCAAGCGUUGCAUCAGAAAAUUACUGGGUUACACCGUAUGCGAGGUCGCCAGACUAGGCCGGAAACGACCACUACUGUUACGCGAGAGAAGAACAAACUAAUUAUCAAACAGCAGACGGUGCAACCCGAAACUAGAGAUACAAAACGACGACAUCGGUGAUUU